AUGCCUAAUCAGUCUAGUUUCCUGCCAUCAUCAACACCAGCCGGUUGCACAAGCGAAGUUUCUGAGGUGCAAUCAGAUCCAGAACCCAAAUCCAAAUCCCAAGAUAAGCCUGUUGCAAAAAAGAAAAACGGUGGCGCCCAACAAUCUUUGACCCAAACGGAAUCUUGCCAAUCUCAAGGUAUCGAUCUCACCCAAGACUCCGACCAAGAAAAUUCAAAGGCCAAACGAAAAUGUCAAAGACAGAACCAGGAAUUUGACAAUGUUAGAGACUUUUUCUCUGCUCCAUUCCAUCGAAAAGAUGAUCCUCGUGAAAUACCACCAUCAACAUACAGCUGCAAAUGGUGUCUGAAAGAAGUCCGAGUCUCAGCGACCAGUUUUUCAAAUCUUCGUACUCAUCGUGAUGGAUCUCGUCAAAUUGGAAGGAUUUCUCACGGGUGCCCCAAACGUCAUGAGGCUAUCAAUGCUGGUGCCAAGCUCCCACCAACGGCUCUUGAUGAAGAACGAAUCAAAAAGGCUGGCGGAAAAGCUGGAACAAUCACUCAUCAUUUUGCUCCAGUCAAAAAGUUUGAUAAUGUCGUACUCAACAAGAUCGUCACCCUGUGGUUGUUACGUCAAUCAAUCCCUUGGAAUAGAGUUGAAGACGAAUAUCUCCAAGCGGCAUUUCACUAUUGUCAGGCAGGGGCCAGCUUGUUCAAGCGCAAAUGGGCAGCCGAUUCAGCUAAGAUGGUGUAUUUGGACUUACAAGACGCAAUGCUCAAGCGAUUAAAAGAUUCUGAUAGCAAGUUCAAUCUUAUACACGAUGUCUGGACAACCAAAGGGAAUCGUUAUGGAUUUAUUGGCGCAUCAGUCUCUUUUAUUGAUAACGGUUGGAACUACAAUGUACUCCAUCUGAGUCUCAAGUUAGUUGCCUGUCACCACAAAGGAAGCUUGUUGGCCAAGCCCGUCAUCAACAUUUUGGAAAAGCAUCAACUUCAGAACAAGAUAAGUCUUUCUUUGUUUUGA